AAAGAGACUUUCUAAUCCCACAAAGCCCUCAAAAUCCUAACAACAAUCGAACCCUAUGUUACGUUAUCAAAUACAACACAUUCUCACCAGAAGUUGUGAAGAAAAUGCCAAAGUCUGAUCUUGUUGAAGAGGUACGUAGACUACAAGCUGCAUUGAGUGAGCAAACAGAUAUCAGCAAGCAGGAGUACGAAAAGCUUCAAGACGAGAAGAUUCUUUGCAAAGUUUGCAUUGUAGAGCCGAUCGACGUGGUUCUACUCCCAUGUAAACAUCACGCCCUCUGCAGCACAUGCUACAAGAAAUGCGAGAUCUGUCCGAUUUGUCGUGCCUUGAUUGAGGAAGGUACAUAUGCAUGUAUACGAUGCGUAGAUUUCAGACGAGUAGGUAUGCAUGUAUACUUUGGUGUAUGUUAUGACUUGCAACGGAGAAUCCGAUUACUUUUGUAGAUAAAUAUUGUAAUCCAUCGUCAACCUAAUUUUUUUUAUCUUGUAAUACAAGCACGU